GCAACAGGCGGGACAACAGCAGACAGACGGGUGUAUCGUGGCCAGCCUCGAGGACCAGACAGGCCAGGGCUGCAUAGUUAGCCGGCUGCCGCAGCCAGCUAGUGAGCUAAACGAGGCUGUUGACGGGCGAGUGAGCCGGGAUAGUCAGUCACGGCGGCAGCAUGGGAGAUGGCAAUUUGAUAGCCGGCGGUGCAGCAGAGACACCGGUCAGGACAGACAUUGACGGCCAGCAGUCGAGAGCGAAGACGCUGGAGAUCAUGUUCAUGCAUGCCGCUGGGGCGUACAAAGCUGCCACGGCCAGUGAGAGUACUUAUCAAGGCUGGCCGGAGGUACUUCCAGCCGCAUACAAGAACGCAUACAAAGCGAAGUACCCCCUAUCAGGUGAUAUUAUACGAGCCCCGUUGCCUGCCCAAAGAUCGCGGACAGGCAUCAGAUUGAACGGCCUCAACUUCGUCUCAAACAGCAUGCGCAGGAGCUGA